UUGUGCGGCGCUUAAAGAAAGCGGAAAGAGGAGAGCAGGAGGCUUCAUUUUGGUGUGCGUCUGUCAGGCAGCUGCACGGCCUUUCUCAGUGGGAACAUCAGCUGUCUUUUCUUCUCAUCUCCUAUUCCCUCUACGCUUCAUCCAGCCACCUCUACCCCGAGUGAAAGAUGGCCUCAGGUGUGACGGUAUCCGACCUUGUCAUUACAAUAUUCAAUGCUAUGAAGCUGCACAAAUGUUUAGAAGAUAAAAGUAAGCGUAUCAAGGCAGUCCUAUUUUGCUUAAGUGAUGACAAGAAAACAAUCAUCCCAGAAAACGGCAAGGAGAUCUUGGUUGGAGAUGUUUCUGAGACUGCUGACCCUUACAAGUGCUUUGUAGAAAUGCUACCACCAGAUGACUGCCGAUACGCCCUCUAUGACUGCUGCUAUGAGACAAAGGAAAGCAAGAAAGAGGAGCUAAUCUUUAUAUUCUGGGCACCUGACUCUGCUCCAUUGAAAAGCAAAAUGAUAUAUGCCAGUUCUAAAGAUGCAAUCAAGAAGAAAUUAACAGGCAUUAAACAUGAAUAUCAGGUAAACUGCCUUGCUGAAAUAAAGGAUCGUAGUUGCCUUGCUGAAAGACUUGGCGGUAGCAACAUCUCUGUAAUCUCUGUGGAAGGAUUGCCCUUGUGAAGACCUCAUUGCCUCCUCUCCCAGUGUCUGUGCCACUUCAUAAAGGGGCUUCCAUGUAACCAUAAUCCCCCGACAGUGUCUCCUGUUCCCAGUCCCUGAAAGCCUUCUUGAAGAGGAGAAAACGUUCAUUCUACAGGCAGCCUUCUAGAAGCCAUUUACCUGCAUACAUGAAUCCAGUAUAUUUUUUGAAAGUUAUUUAAUUUUGAUUUACAGAGGUAGCUUUCUUUCUAGACACACUUUCUGUCCCUAUUUUCUGUGCUUGUCGAGUUAUUUUGCCAAAUGCAGCCUGGCGUUUAUUCCACAUUCCUGUAUCUACAAGACAAUUUGGCUUUGACCUAGAUGACCAAAAAGAUUUGGAUCAAACUGCUGCCCGUUUGUGGCUGAUCAUUAUAGUUUUACCUUCAUGUAGAGAUGGCUUCAUUGUGCUGUCGUGUAAAUUGAGUGCACCUGAAUAUUCCACUUUUUCAACAUUCCUUAUUUUAUCUGGCAUCUGCAAGGUAAAUUAGUAUUUUUUUUUCUGAAUAAUGUAACUUAAGACUAUAAAUUUUUUAUUAACUUGUAAUCAUAGCACACCUGUUUGCCCCUGACCCAGCAUUCCAUAAUUCAUUUCUAAAAUGGAUGGCCACAUUUAGUAUAUUUUGCCAAUUUCCCUUAAUGAUGCUGUGACCCUUAUCUGUUUUUGGGGUCUUAUGGACGAGUUGUAGACAUUCAGGUGGCUGAAGCCUUUCUCUUCACCUCUACAGUCCUUCCCAUCAAAAUUUCAUGUUCAUUGCAGUCUCAACUUCCUUUUGUUUUGCGUUACUAAUAUGGAAGUCAUAUUGGCAGAUAAGCAUUAAUAAAAUAACAAAAGUA